UCGAAAGUUUUACAGAACAACGACGACAAUGUCUUCAAAUGUACACCACUCUCUCUCUUCACCCUCUAAACAACUCACUGUAAAACGCCUAUUAAAUCCCCAAUUCCUAAACCAAACCUACCAGUACUCGGCCGUUGAAUAUAUGGUUAGAGAGAGAGUGAGAGAGCGACCGACUCACAUAAAUACUUGUGCUCUCUGAAAACCUAACGGUCUUCGCCUUCGAGGAGUUUCGAAUUCCAAAACUCAGUUCAUUUAUUUUAUCGAUUCUCUUCUUUCUGUUUUGCCCUAUUUAUUGAAUUACAUUAAUUGAUCUCGUUUCAUUUUAUGUGCGGGAGAUUUCUGGAUGAAGUGUUUGUUUGAUUCCGCGAAAACGAGAAUGUGCAGAUUUCCUGUGCUUUUUUUGGAUGAGAAUUGGAGAUUGUGGAGAGGAAGUGGUUGAAUUGAGAUAUUGAUUUUGUUUUUCUUGUUUAUUUUGUAUGUGUUUGAUGAGAUUUUUGGUGUGAGGAUUCAUCGAGGUCCGAAAUGAGCACCGAAAGGCAGGGGGUAACGGUUAGGGACCUCGUCGAGGAAGCUAAGAAGCGGAUUGUUUUUCUGAUCAUAUGCGUGGUUGGACUGUCCUAUCUCAUGUCUUUAACAAGCUCCUCUGUCUUGGUCAACUUGCCUGCUGCUGCCUUCUUAAUAGUCAUCCUUCGCUACUUGUCCCUGGAUUUUGACAUGCGGAGGAAAGUUGCAGCAUACCAAAGCAAACCAUCCUCAGCAAGUCUUUCUUCUCAGAGGAAACCUCUUGAGGGUCCUAAAGUUGUCAUUGACAAGUCUGAUUGGAGAAGGAAAGUAAAUUCCCCUGUUGUUGAGGAUGCAAUAGAUCAGUUCAGCAGACAUUUAAUUUCUGAGUGGGUGACAGAUCUAUGGUACUCUCGCAUAACUCCUGAUAGACAAGUUCCAGAAGAGCUAGUGCAGAUCAUUAACGGUGUGCUGGGAGAGGUUUCAUGUCACGUGAGAAAUAUUAAUCUUAUAGAUCUUCUAACAAGGGAUAUCGUCCAUCUUCUUUGUACCCACUUGGAGCUCUUCCGUGCAAGUCAGGCAAAGAUUGAGAAGCAGUGGUCGAGAUUGCUGACCAUAGAACGUCGAGACAUGGAAUUAAAGUCUGUGCUGGCCACAGAUAACAAAUUGCACCCUGCAUUAUUUUCUACUGAAUCUGAGCAUAAGGUUCUGCAGCAUCUUAUGGAUGGUCUCAUUUCUGUCACAUUCAAGCCAGAGGAUAUGCAGUGCUCUUUAUUCCGCUAUAUUGUCAGGGAGCUUCUUGCUUGUGCUGUAAUGCGACCCGUUUUGAACUUAGCUAGCCCAAGGUUCAUAAAUGAAAGGAUUGAAUCUCUAGUUAUGUCUUCUUUAGACAAGGCUGAUAAAGGAGCUACUACAUCACAUUCCAAACCAAACGGAUCUUCUAAAAUGUCAACAGAUCGCUUUACUCGGUUUUUAGAUCCUUCUGCGAAGGGUGUUGAACUUGUGCAGUUAAAGAAGGAUCAAUCUGAAACUGCUGCUGGGAAACCUGGAACAGACAAUGUGAAUGGAAUGCUUCUUUCAAAGGAUCCGUUGCUUUUCAUUGAUCCUCGAUCAACACGUUCUUGGAGUUCUUUGCCCUCAGAAUCCCCCAAUGGUAAUGGAGGUUUACAACAACACCACUCUGGAGGAGAAUGGGGGGAUAUGCUAGAUAUAAUUUCUCGUAGAAAGACUGAAACCCUGGCUCCGGAGCAUUUUGAGAAUAUGUGGACAAAAGGAAGAAACUACAGGAAGAAGGAAGGUGAGUGUCGGUUGACGGAUCCAGCUCCACGAAAUUCUUCUGCAGGGAUAUCUAAAACAAUGGAUCAAACUAGGCACAAGGAAAAAUAUGGUGCAACUAAAGGUAGUUCCCUUGAGAGUAGCGCUCCUCUUUCUGGAUGUAAUGUACGUGCUGCAGCAGAUAACUUACUACGACAUAGUGAUCGGAACAUAUCAAGUUACCCUCCAGUUAUUUCAGAAGAAGACGAUGAUGAACACAACAACAUGCAUUUAGACGAGGUUGAAUCAGGGAGCAGUAGUGGUUAUACGACCGAAGAUGAUGAAAACAGCAGUGUGACAGGUCUUGAUUCUCCCGGUGUCAAGGUUUGGGAUGGUAAAAAUAAUAGAAAUGUUUCUGUCUCUCACAUUCAUCAUCCACUUGAAAUUUCUGAAGGCCGCAAGACAAGAAAGACGCACAAAGGGCAUGCCAACUCUCAACAUUUAGCCAUAACAGAGUCUGGAAGAAAAAGGUCCAGAUUAAGCAGUCAGGAGGUGCAUGUCUGGCAAGAGAUUAGAAGAACAAGCUUUUUAUCCGGAGAUGGGCAGGAUAUUUUGAAGUCUUCUAAAGCAAACGUCAAAUCUGACACUAGUGAUGAGUCUGAAACAGAAAUGUUGGGCAGAAUUCGCAGUGGAGCAACUGCUUCACCAUCUGUUUCUUCUGUGUCUACACCUGAAAGUCAUGGUUUGGCUGCUAAUCCACCAAAACAUUCGUUUUUGGCAGAUACUUUUUUAAAGUUAAGAUGCGAGGUAUUAGGUGCCAAUAUUGUGAAGAGUGGCUCCAAAACAUUUGCAGUUUACUCUAUAUCUGUUACGGAUGUAAAUAACAAUAGUUGGUCUAUCAAAAGAAGGUUUCGACAUUUUGAGGAGCUGCAUCGACGUCUUAAAGAGUUUCCAGAAUAUAAUCUUCAUUUGCCACCCAAGCAUUUUCUGUCAACUGGUCUAGAUGUGCUUCUCAUCCAAGAACGUUGUAAAUUGCUUGACACAUACUUGAAGAAACUUCUGCAGCUCCCUACUAUUUCAGGAUCUAUUGAAGUUUGGGACUUCCUUAGUGUUGAUUCUCAGACAUAUGUUUUCUCAAAUUCUUUAUCUAUCAUUGAAACAUUGUCAGAUGACACGGGACAUGAAAAGAGUGAAGAUGCUGGUAAUAUCAUUAGGCCUGCGAUUGAUCUAUUAUCCUCGAGGAGAGGGCAAAUGAAUGCUGAAGGCAAGAAGUCUGCAUCACAGAUGAAGCAUGACUGUGUGGCUGAUGUGUCAAGACUGAAUAAAAAUGGUGCAACUCUUUCUCCACCUAAAAGGAUUGCAAAGGAGUACAGAAGACCAUUUGAGGAUUCUAGUAGUGACUCCGACAAUGUGGUGCAAAAGAAUAUUUUUCCCACCAAAAACUCGGGGAAGACUACAAAAGGAGGUGAUAGUGAUGAUCUACAUGGAUCACCUGAGUUGCUUAUGGAUGCUGCUGCUGAUCCAGCUCUCCCUAGCGAGUGGGUGCCGCCGAAUUUAAGUGUCCCCAUCUUGGAUUUGGUUGACGUCAUUUUCCAGCUUCAAGAUGGUGGAUGGAUCAGGCGUAAGGCUUUUUGGGUGGCCAAACAGGCAUUACAGCUGGGAAUGGGUGAUGCUUUUGAUGAUUGGUUAAUUGAGAAAAUCCAGCUUCUGCGUAGGGGAUCUGUGGUUGCUUCGGGGAUCAGGCGCGUUGAGCAGAUACUUUGGCCUGAUGGAAUAUUCAUCACAAAGCAUCCAAAGCGACAACGACCAACCCCCUCAGCAAACCCAUCCCCCCAUAGUUCCGCUCGUGUACUACCUCCACCAACGCCAUCUUCAACUAAGAUAGAGGAUAUCCAGAAACUUGAUGAGAUAACACAAAAGGAAGCUGAAAGGCGUGCGAAAUUUGUGUAUGAGCUAAUGAUCGACAAUGCCCCAGCUGCUAUUGUCAGUCUUUUUGGUCGUAAGGAGUAUGAGCAAUGUGCAAAGGAUCUGUAUUACUUCCUCCAGGUAACUUGGCUGGCUUUUUUUUUUGAGUCCCCAAUCCGAAACUCGUGAUAAAACAACAAUUAUCAUUGGGACUUGAUCAACUGGAUUCAUAUGCAAAAUUUACCAUGACAGACGCCGACUACAGACAGGCCUAAUUCUUGGGUAAGGGAAACCCAAUGCAUCUGUCUUGUGGUUGUUAUGUUGAGAAAUUUCAAUUGGCAGACGGACAACUGCAAUUCCGAUAACUGAUUUUUUUGGAGCACAAUUCUCCUUUUUUCCUGCCUAAAUAUGCCACUUGGUUUAUUAUUAGGUCUCUUUAUUCAUUGACAUUUUUUCGUCUGCUUGACACUGGGAUCUGUAUUACUCAUUGGGUUCUUUUCUAUCAACAUCUUUGCAUACUUGAAAUAUUUUUGUAUGGUGACACUGGGAUUAUUGCGUUUUGGGAAAAAAAACAUUACUAAUUUGCAUAUUUUUAUGGUUUUUUAACAGCUGCUGUAAAUGGUAUUGGAGUUAUGCAAGACCUGUAACCAAAUGACCAUAUUGGUUUUUCAAUUCGCAAAUGGCAUUCCUUGUGCAUCUUAUUAAUUAGCACUCUUCACAUUAGCUGGCUUGGAUCUUGAACAACUUGUAACUGUUGGCUGUUGGCUAUUUGCUUGUGCAGUCGUCCGUUUGUCUGAAGCAACUAGCUUUUGACCUUCUCGAGCUGCUGCUCUUGUCUGCAUUUCCAGAAUUGGAUGAUGUCUUCAGGCGGUUGCACGAGGAAAAAGAAAAGUUUGGAGAGGUCAAACAGGAUUAAUAAGUUUUCUUUCAUAAGGAAAUCAUUAGAGAUGCAGAGUGAUUUUUCUUCAACAGGUGAUUUUUUUUUUUUUUUUAAUUUUUCAAUUAUCCCGUGUAAAGUCUUGUCAGUCACCCAGACAGGGCACAUAGUUUUUCUAUAGAAAUGUUCCCCUAUAGCAGAAAAUCCUUGUAUUCGAUUUGAGAAUGAGAAAGCCAAGCUCAUGAGGUCAGAUAUACGGUGCAUCUGUGAUCAAUUUUUCGGUUUGCCAUUUCGGGUUGUUUUUUUGGUAAACCUGAGUUGCAUACAUAACUACAAAAGUAGCUCAUA